UAACAUAAAGAGAGGACUGAGAAGGUCUCCUACUCUUCCCCCCGAUGAGGCUAAGGCUAAAGUACUACCAGAAGUUCCUCUUCCUAAUAUAAUAUUUUAAAACAAUUUGCUCGCUUACUUGGCUUGGAAUUCAGUUUGAGUCUCACAUGGACGGAAGUUCUUUGUCUUCGCAGUCUUUGUCAGAAUCUGAUUCACCUCCACAGAAGAACUUUCAGACACAGGGUCCAAUCUCGCCAGUUCAUGUUAAACCCCCAAGAAACACAGAAGAGGCAGAAAAUGCACUGUCUGGGGGGGAGGACCAGGUGACGAUGAUCACCGAGAGCAUGUCGGUGACCUCGGCGGACGAAGAGAAGCUGCUGCUACUGAACAGGAACACGGAGCUGCGGAGAAUCAACAAGGAGCUGAUGAAGCUGAAUGAGGACUGGGACCACAUGUACCGAGGCACCACCAUGGCGCUGCAGCAACGCAUCAGCGACCUGGAGCAGGAAUGCGUGGCAAUCAAGCACCUCAACAGCAGACUGCUGCUGAAAGUGGAGCAUGAGCAGAGCAAGAGGGAGUACUGUGAGCGGACGCUGCUGCAGGAGCUGAAAAAGAACCAGCACCUUCAGGAGUAUAUCCGGCUCCUGGAGAAUCGCCUGCACCACAGCGACGUGUGCAGGGACUGGACAGGGGUGGCACUAAACGGCCUGGAGGUGGCCCAGCCCCCAGACAUAGAAUGCCCCCCCGAGCCCUCCCAAAGGCUGUACCAAGAGUCGGGUCGCAGUUCCCCAUUCUUGCCGGGCACCUCCCCUGUCGCAAACACAAGGGCACCGGUGGGCAAGAGCGCCCUCUGGAGGGAGCCGGACAGGGAGGCAGCCACUCAGAAGGAGAUGCAGAACCUGAAAGAACAGCUGGAGGCUCUUCGCUGCCAGACCCAAAUCUACGAGGCCGACUACAAGACAGAGCACAAGGACCAUAAGCGCAUGCUGCUGGAGAACAAGAAGCUGCGCAGGAAGGAAGCGGAGAUGCGGCAGCAGAUGGCGCUCCUGCACGAGCAGCUGAAGGUGUAUGAAGAUGACUUCCGGAAGGAGCGCUCUGACAAGCAGGUGCUGCAGCGUCUCUUAAUGAAGAGAUCUGUACCACAAGACCCCAUCCUGGUCCACCGCUGCAACAGUGAUCACAAGCCACCGGCACCGUUAGACAGGGAGCGGCCUAGAGAGAAGGACAGGAAGGGGCCGGGCCGCUGCGGCAAACACUGCGAGCGCCAUGGGCACAAUGCCGAAUGCCUGCGCAAUGCAUGCGCCCAGCACCAUAUAGAGGUGCAAGGAUCCCCCUUCUCUGAAGACUACAACUGACCUCAGUGCCUCUCUGUACACAUAAAUCCAAACAACUGGAUGUAAAGAGAAUGAAUCAAGCUUAAUCCUCCAUCUCUUCCAUCUUCUGAAGGGUAGCUACAGCACUUCCCUGUAUCGGGAUUUAUAACUCUGCUAUCUAAAAGUUGCAGGCUAUUGCCCAGUUUCAAAAUAGGACUAUCCAUCCAUCCAUCCAUAUUCUGAAAGAGUCCCCGUCACAAAACCAUAUAUUUUAAUCGUAAUCAUAUGUGCCACACCACAGCAUUAAUAUGAAUAGAUUGAACACCUACAGUAUAUAGCUUAUUAUCUGUCUGUGAGUCAUUCCAUCACAAAGGGUCACUGACCCAGUUGUUCAGGCCUCUUUCAGUCAUGAUUCUGGUGCUGUCAGAUAGCACGGUGGAAAAUUAGGGACUGAGUACUUUUAUCAUCGAAUGGCUGGCAGGAUGACUGUAGGCAUCUCUCUCGCAGUGUCAAAUUCCAUUGGAAAAUUACCAUAGUGAAUAUAAACCAUUCUUAUAACAUUUGGAUAGUGCUGCAUUUCUAAUAUUAUUCAUAUAAUAACUCAAGAAAAAUACAAACAAUGGCCUGUGCUGUGAAGGAGCCUGAAUGUGCCUAUUCCCCGUGUGGUUUCUGCACUGGCAUGAGUAAGAUCUAUUUUGCUUUUGUCUUCGAUCAAAUAAUGUCUGUCUAUUUUAGUAUGCAAGUACUGAGUAACUUCUCAGUUUCCUUUAUGUUUUUCCAUUCAGAGGUAGCUUGUACAUUCAAAACAUCGAUUGAUAUUUUGUGACUCAUCACUUUUUAAAGGUUCUUGUGUAUUAUAAAUCUUUGUAUUUAUUCUAAUUCACUUACCGUUUUAUAUUCCUAUGAAUAUUGCCUAACCUCAGAAUUUCUUCCCAAUAAAUAUUUGUACCAACUCUCAAUUGGAGUUGGUGUUAAAAUAAAUCAAAAUUACAAAAUUAUGUCUGGAUUAUCCAGCCUUUAUUGACAAAGAGCAGACAACAAGGAAACCCUUAAUGCAGGAGACCAUGUGACACUGUGACUGGAAUCACCCCCCCAUGUGAUGUAACAGAAUUCUGUGAAAUUUUAGAAUCAUGUAUUUGUGUUUGUAUAUGUGUGUGUGUUUCUGUGUGUUAAAGAGAUACCUGUAAUUUUUGUAUUUAGGUAAUAAAUCAUUCCAUUGCAUUUCAGUUGAUCUGUUCUGUCCAGCUGAACACUGAUUCACAGUCCAUUGGAAUAUCCUGUUAAAUCAGCAUCAAAUUAUUUUAAAUACCAUUGAAAACCUUUUUUUCUUGUUUGAAAGUAGAAGAGGUCAAACAAUUCUGUGGUCAAUUUAUGUUAACAAAAUUGACAUAUUUGCAAUGUACUUUUCUCCUUUUGUGUUUAAUCUGAGUUUAAUUAACACAAAUGGCUUUGCCAAUGCAAUAUCAUUCUAUGCGAUAAAACAUACACUUUGUUGAAUGGCAUAUAAUAUAAGCAUUUUACCCAAAACUUGUUCUCUUUCAGGAUUUCAUGUGCUGGGAUUUUAAUUUUUAAAACAUGAGACAUCAUACUGGCCUUGCUUUUAGAAGUGCUUUAGGACUGGCUUUUCUGGCAUGGCUUAACAGAAUGACAGGUGCCUGAUCUUAAAAUAUAUUCCAGGAGACUGGAAUUUGAAACACAGACACAGUCUGGAGUAGCCAGUAAGGUGGUUAUCUAUUUUGAUAAAUGACAGUAUUGGAAAAACCAACUGUAAAUACUAUUCAGAUUAAAUGAUUUUCUGACUUGUUACAAGCUAAAGAAAUAUUUGUUACAAGCUAAUGAAAAGAAAGCUAAAGAAAAAUUACUUAUGGUGAUUUUAUUAAUUUUAAUGAAAUGUACAGUACUCACUGAAAGUUGCAUAUUACAUUUAAUAAAUAUAUUUGUUUACAGAUA